UUCUUCUUUUUUUUCCCCCGAGAGAGGGGGCACCGUUGGUCAAGGUCACUGUGGAUUUACCUUUGGGUUUUUGCCUCCCCCCUUGGCGUCUGGAUCUGGAUUGCCCCCUUGGCUUUCUCCUCCCCUCCGUUGGAUCGCCCCUUGCUCGCCUUUCGGGCUGCUGGAUUAGAUUCCUCGCCCCCCUCCCCCUUGGCCGCCCCCUUCCUUCCAUCCUUCGGAUUUCAUGAGCCAGAAGAAAGGAGCUGCUUUGAGAAAGAGAAAGGGGCUGGAUCCAGAGAGGGAUCGUACAAAAUCCGAAUAAGACGAAUUGCGUUUGGUGAUACUGUUGUGGCUUUGGAGAUGGAUGGCAAGAUCAGACAGAGCAGAAAAUCCCGAUCCCACAGGGAUCGGGUGAGACGGAGGGACCCCAAUGGCAGGGAUAGACUUCGCCAAAGCCCUUCCUCUACGUCCGAAAGGGAACCCAGUCCGGGCAAGGAGAAUUCAAGCCAAAACGGUCCGCUUCCCAAGAGCCAGGCUUCUGCAGGCAGAAAUGUCAGACCUCCAAGACGGCGGAGGCGGGAAUCUAGCUCUCAGGAAGAGGAUUUAAUUGAUGGAUUUGCCAUCGCCAGCUUCACCACCAUGGAAGCCUUGGAGAAGGACAUGUCAUUGAAGCCUCAGGAAAGAAAGGAAAAGUGGGAGAGACACCCAGGAAAGAAACUUCGGGAAAGUGAACAUUGCGUGUCAGCCGAACCCAGCGAAAACGGCCACAGUAACGAUGCCGGAAGUUCGGGGAGAGAAACGGAUCGAGGAAAAGAGAGGGUGAAAAAGAAAAUCCCCUUGAAAGUCCAGAAGCAGAUGAAGAUCCCAGCGCGACGGGGUGGCAGAAACAGUGAAGAUGACAGCAUCCGAGAAGCUACCAGCUCCCAGCUGAGUAGCUCCAGGGACUGCCUCAGCGAUAGCUCUGCUCAAUCGCUUUCAGGAAAAGGUUAUUCGUGUGACAGCGAGAGUGAUAUUGACGAUAAGAACUCAGCGGACCUGGAGCUACCCCAUAUCAGGAGCGGCUUGGUAGCAAACAAGGCAUCGGAAGGCUCUGAGAAGCUGUUCUCCCCUGCAGCAACCAAAGGUCCAACCUCGAAUGACAAGGCCGAAACGAAAACAGGAAACAUCCCUAAAGUGUCGGGGCUAGAACGCAGCCAGGAACUGAACACGGACGUGCCCUUUGUCCUGCCACUCCCCAGCCCCCCACCAACCACAACAGUUGUGACUUCCAGUUCUUCUGUACCCACAUCCAGCACUCAGGCCAGCCCGCUCUUGAAAAAGGAGCCGUUGAUCUCAGCACCAGCACCUCCGAGGCUCACCCCUCAGCCACAGCCUCGGCCUCAGUCGCAGCCUCAGCCUCGGCCACAGUCGCAGCCUCAGUUGUUGCCUGAGCUUCGGACACAAUUGCCGAGUCACAUCCCCGCUCCUCUUGGUUACCAGGUUCAUCACCAAGUGGCCCACAACGGACUCAAUAAUAUCAGCAGAAGCAGCAGUGCCAGCAGCGCCACGAGCAUCGCCCUCCCCAAGCACCUGUCCCUCUCCCCACAGAUCCCUCCCCACCAUUCCUCCGGCCCAGUCGUGCCCCUUUCCAUCUCGAACCUCGCCGCCUCGCACUUCCCUCUCCGAUCACAGUCCCAACACCAGCAUCAUCCGGCCAUGUUCGCCACCCCUCCCACGCUGCCGCCCCCACCUCCAGCCUUGCCCACCAACAGCCUUGUGAUCCCAGGUCACCCUGCAGAUACCAGCCUGUUGAUAUCAUUCAACCAACCAAUCAUGUAUUGCCAGCCUCAUUCGGGGAUUCUGAUUGGUACUUUGUCACAGGCAUCUCUCUUACCUCCACCAAUGAGUUCUCACGUAGAAAACCACCACAGCAUGACCUGCAGAAACAGGGAAUGCCAGUUUGACAAGUAUGCUCCCAAACUGGAUAACCCUUACUUUCGACAUUCCAACUUCUUUCCAAGUUACCCUCCAACCGUGCCAGGAAUGCCUUCAAUGCUCCCACAUCCAGGUCCUUUCGGGUCCCUUCAGGGAGCUUUUCAGCCGAAGACUUCAAAUCCGAUUGAUGUGGCCAGCAGGCCUGGCACAGUGCACCAUACGCUUCUGCAGAAGACACCAGGGGUGGCUGACCCCUAUCGGGCUCCUGUGCGAGUAAGUAAGAAGCCUGGGAAGUGGUGUGCUGUCCACGUACAGAUUGCUUGGCAGAUCUACCAUCACCAGCAGAAGAUAAAGUACCUCCUGUGGAAUAUGGAGUGUUAUCCUGUUCACAGUGAAAUGAGCGAUACGGUGAAGGACAUUUUACAAAACAUAGAGCAGCAAAUGCAGCUGGAUCCCCACAAGCUGGAAAUAGGGGGGAAACUUGACCUCUUCAGCAGACCUCCUGCUCCCGGAGUCUUCCCAGGUUUCCAUUAUUCUCAAGAUCUUGCCCGGCCCCUCUUCUCCAGCACAGGAUCUGCCCAUCCAAACGCCACUCCAUUUGGACCCUCACCUCAUCAUAGCAGCUUCCUGCCCACCAGCCAUUUGGCAGAUCCAUUUAGCAGGUCAAGCACCUUCAGCGGCCUUGGAAACUUAAGCAGCAAUGCCUUUGGCGGAUUAGGCAGUCAUACUUUGAGUCACAGUAGCAUCUUCGCUCACAAAGAUGGUUCAAACCUUCAGAGCUUCAGCAGCCCACACGAGCCGUGGAACCGUUUGCACCGAACGCCACCAUCGUUCCCAACGCCGCCUCAGUGGCCCAAGCUGGGUGACUCCGAACGGAGUUCCUCCGUGACGAAUCAUGACAGGGAUCGAGACUCCGAGAAGAGGGAUCUUUCCUCCAGUAAAGAAGAGAGAGAGAAGGAGAGGGAUCUUCUGGAUAAAAGUAGGCAUUCAAACCGAUCCUCGCCCGCUUCAGCUCCUGUGACUCACCAGAUCAGCAACCUCAUUCGUAGCAACAGCCAGGCUGCAAGCGAUUCCACCCGGCAAGUUGCCCUCGACCGAGAAAGGUCUAAAGAUCUGGAGAGAGAGAUUCCUGACCGGCUCAGAGAUCCUCCUCCAGUCACGGACCAGAAGAUCAAAGAAAGCCGCUCCCCGGUGAAGGAAUCACCAAGCCAUGAAAAGAGAUCUCUUGAGGACAGCACCAAGCCAGUCAUCCAGUCUGUCUCUCCAUACAGCAAGCCUGCCUUGAGUGAGAGUUUGAAACUCAGCAACCUGAUGAACAAGGAUGUGGAGAGAAAGCCAGAGCUUCUGACUGACCUUCAGAAGAUUAAGAAUGACAUCAAAGUCAAAGAGGAGCGCAAAGAGGAGAGUGAUGUCUUGGUGGUGAGCUCAGAACCUUCACAGCAUCCUAGAAGUGUAGAGCACCCGCCACCUCCUUCUUUGCAUGGAUUACCAUUGCCCCAUUCCAUGGCGGCCACCAUGCCCAUCUCUAUGGGCAGUGUCCAUCAGAUGAACAACAUGAACGUUUUGGAACGGAGCAGAAUGAUGACCCCGCUGAUGGGCAUGAACCCACUAUCAGGAAGGGAGAGACUGCCCCAUCCAGGGUUUUCCUGGGACCCGGUGAGGGACCCCUUACGAGAUGCCUACCGGAGCUUAGAUUUGCAUCGCCGGAUGGACUUCCAGCUCCGAGCCGACCCCAUCCAUAGAUUCCCCACCACCUCUGGAUUUUACGACCACGAGCGCUCCUACAGGGACAGGGAGCCCCACGACUACAACCAUGAGAACCUUCUGGAAGCCCGCCGAGAACAGGAGCGGCUCAGGCAAGCCGAGGAGAGGGAGAGGUUGCACUUACGGGAAGAACUUGAGCGUGCCAGGAUGCACCACUUGCACUCGUCCCCCAUUGAAAGCCACCUGGCCCACGUGCCAUCCUUCAUGUCUCAUCUCAGCGGGAUGCACUACCCUAGACUCAGCCCUUCAGCCGCCAUGCACAAUGGGAUUUUGAACAGGAACCCCCCCACCGCCGCGCUCAGUGCUCCACCCCCACUGGUCCCGGCCAGUAGUACAAGACCCUCCUCCCCCCGCCGGACUACGCCACUCACGAACUCGGAGUCCCGAGACUAUUCUCCUUCUAGAAACCCCAAAGAAGUCGAGGCACGAUAGUCCGUGGCCAGUCCACAGGAUGAAUUUUAAAACUCGCCUGUAAAUAUAGAAGUACGGGGAAUGGGGGAAAUCUUUUAAAAAUGCACUGCUGUAAACUUUUUUUUUUUUAAACCGUAAAAUUUGUAGAAAUUAAGCACAGUUCCAGAAGUGAUUGGGGUGGGGGAGAGGGAAUGUGGGGGGUGCAGAAGAGGGCGUCAGAGGUUGCAAACCGUUCAACCACACGGUUGCUGAAAAAUGGAAAAUUUAAUAUAUAGGUCUUGAUUUUUGUUUUGUUUUGUUUUUUGUUUUUCUUUGCUUCUGUGCUGAGUUAAAAUAUUACCGAGUUUGUACAUUUUUUUCCCCAAAUGCAAGGAACGUUUUUAAUGAAUGUAUUUUUUUUUAAUUUUGUGCUCUUUAUUCACAGACAAAAAAAAAAGAAAAAAGAAAAAAAAAGCUUUUGUUUCUAGUUUUAAAUUUUGUGGCCUCAGAUCCUGAAGUUUUAAAAAAAAACAUACAUCCAGGGAUUCUUAAAAAGUAUUAUUUAUGGAGAUAACUGUAGUUUCAUACAGUCCACUGUGAGGUUCCUGAAUUGAGGCCACUGGUUUCUCUGGUACUUUGGAACUGAAGUUACAGAUAUAUAUUAAAAAUAAUUAAUAAUAAUAAUAAUUAAUAAUAAUAAUAAUGUACAAAAACUUUGUUUUUUGCCUUAUAUUAUGGAGAAAUUAGGAUUUUUUUUACUUCUUGUUUUAAAAACAGCAACAAAAGAAAGCAACAUGUAAAUAUUCUGUUAAUAUAAAUGUACACCAAUAUUGAAUUCUUAA